AAUGUCAUGGACAGGGGUGAGGUGUCCCCGGUGUCUGCUGCCACCAUGAAGAAGAAGGCGGUGGGCGGCAGCCACAUCAACGCAACCAAGCCUGUCCGGUCCAAAUGCUCCAGAACCAGCGACAGCGGAGUGAACUGUGCGGAGCCCGGUUCGCCCCCCGGCGCGCCGAGCGGUGAGCAGCCCGGCGUCACCGGCAGCGUCGUGAUGGACGAGACGGAGGAUGGAGAAGAGUCCAAGUCCCAGCAUGCGCGGCUGCGCCGAACCGGGGGGAGCGGCAGCGGAGGAGGAGGAGGAGGAGGAGGAAGAGGAGGGGGCGGCAGUAUCAGGAUGAAGAACUUUACGCCAGGAGGGGGAGCCGCGUCCUCGGCUUCUAGGAGAAACUCCAACAAGGAGCCCUGCCUUACGCACGCAGAGGACGUUCCUGCCGCCUCACGGCCCACUGCUGCCUCCAGAGCCACAGAGACACCCAGCCCGGGCGAUGCUGCCCACCGCGGACACACCAGCAGAGCGUCCGGGGCGGAGGCGUCCGAAUCCGCGGCCGCGGGAGAGGCUUUAAACGCGACGGCGGUGGGUGAUGGUUGCUGCGGGUUCGCUCCCAUUUCCAGCAUGAAAUGCAGCAAAAACGGAGAAUGCAGAAGAGAUUCGGGCACCGGGAGCCUGCGCUCAGUCAUCCCCAAGCAGGAGAAGCAAACAGCGGGACCGGGGCGAGCCGACGACGGAGGGGGUGCCAAACGGGGAGCCUGUAACUCGACCACCGCCAGUAUGGACGGCUCCAUCACGCCAGGCGGCUCUCUAACCGGAGGGCAAGGAGGGGAGAGCGCAACCCCCGGGGCCACCGCCGCGUCCAGCGGUGUCCCUGACAAAAAGGACUCCAAGGUGUCCUUCUCCAACGCGCCGAGCCGGAAAGCGUCGUCCUCGCUGCACGGGCCGACCCAGACCCAGCAGCAGAGGAACUCCGUAACUUUCCAGAAGCAGGAGGAUGGACCGCCAAUUGUGCCCGCCGAGGACGCAGAACCCCGAGGCAGCCAAGCCAGCUUCAUGCAGCGGCAGUUUAGCAGCAUGCUGCAGCCUGGAGUUAAUAAAUUCUCCUUACGCAUGUACGGGAGUCAGAAAGCAGUGGAAAAAGAGCAGGAGAGGGUCAAAUCUGCUGGAAACUGGAUUAUCCACCCUUACAGUGAUUUCAGGUUCUACUGGGAUUUUUCAAUGUUGCUGUUUAUGGUGGGCAACCUGAUCAUCAUCCCCGUCGGCAUCACCUUCUUCAAAGACGAGACCACCACGCCCUGGAUCAUCUUCAACGUGGUCUCCGACACCUUCUUCCUCAUGGACCUGGUGCUCAACUUUCGCACUGGAAUCAUCAUUGAGGACAACUCUGACAUCAUUUUGGACCCUAAAACCAUCAAGAAAACGUACUUGAAAACGUGGUUCAUUGUAGACUUUAUCUCCUCCAUCCCUGUGGAUUACAUUUUCCUCAUAGUGGAGAAAGGGAUCGACUCGGAGGUGUACAAGACGGCUCGGGCCCUGAGGAUUGUUCGCUUUACAAAGAUCCUAAGUCUUCUGAGGCUCCUAAGGCUCUCGAGAUUAAUACGCUACAUUCACCAAUGGGAAGAGAUCUUCCAUAUGACCUAUGACCUGGCCAGUGCGGUGAUGCGGAUUAUCAACCUGAUAGGUAUGAUGCUGCUGCUGUGUCACUGGGACGGCUGCCUACAGUUCCUGGUUCCCAUGCUGCAGGACUUCCCUUCAGACUGCUGGGUGUCCCUAAACAAAAUGGAGAAUGACACCUGGUCAGAGCUCUACUCCUUUGCUGUUUUCAAGGCGAUGAGUCACAUGCUGUGCAUCGGUUAUGGCCGGCAGGCCCCGGAGAGUCUGUCAGAUAUCUGGCUGACUAUGCUGAGUAUGAUUGUAGGAGCUACAUGCUAUGCUGUUUUUAUCGGCCAUGCAACAGCUCUGAUCCAGUCCCUGGACUCAUCCAGACGGCAGUAUCAAGAGAAGUACAAACAAGUGGAGCAGUACAUGUCCUUCCACAAGCUGCCUGCUGACUUCCGACAGAAAAUCCAUGACUAUUAUGAGCACAGAUACCAGGGCAAGAUGUUUGACGAGGAGAGCAUCCUGGGAGAACUCAGUGAGCCUCUCAGAGAGGAAAUUGUCAACUUUAAUUGUCGCAAGCUGGUGGCGUCUAUGCCUCUGUUUGCCAAUGCAGAGCCAAACUUUGUGACAGCCAUGUUGACUAAGCUACGUUUUGAGGUUUUCCAACCACAAGACUACAUCAUAAGGGAGGGCACCAUCGGCAAAAAAAUGUACUUCAUCCAACAUGGAGUAUGCAGCGUUAUCACCAAGGGAACUCUUGCAAUGAAACUGUCUGAUGGCUCUUAUUUUGGAGAGAUCUGUUUAUUGACGAGGGGUCGGCGGACAGCCAGCGUGCGAGCAGAGACUUACUGUCGGCUCUACUCCCUGUCUGUUGACCACUUCAAUGAGGUGCUGGAGGAGUAUCCUAUGAUGAGGCGAGCCUUCGAGACUGUUGCCAUUGAUCGUCUGGACCGAAUAGGAAAAAAGAACUCCAUUCUGAUGCACAAGGUUCAACAUGAUCUUAACUCGGGUGUUUUCAACAACCGAGAGAAUGAGAUGAUUCAAGAGAUUGUCAAGUAUGACCGUGAAAUGGUAAAGUUAGUGGACCUGCAGCGGCCGAGGGCCAUGUCUAUGACCCCUUCAAUUGGUGGGAUAUUUGCCCCUCCGGGUCAACCACAGACAGGCUCUGCUAUUGCCACACUCCAACAAGCUGUGGCCAUGAGUUUCUGUCCCCAGAUGGCAGGUCCUUUGGUGGGUCCAGGGACUUUGCAAUCUCCACGCAUGGUGCGAAGGUUCCAGAUGAUGCAGAACCUGUCCAGUCCGGUCUCAAUGUCUCCCCUUCAGUCUCAGUUGCCCCAGACACCUGGAGGAGCAUUUGGAUCUGCGAUUUCCAGCCCGCCAGUUCAAAGCCCGCUCACAGCUUCAGGACGGACUUUUCAGUACAUGGCAAGUGUAGGACCGUCUGGUUCCCAGUUGUCCCUUGUGCAGCACCAUGCACCCAGUCCCACACAGACCCAGCAGAGACCUGCCUCACACAAGAGCACCCACUCCCUUCAUACAGGCAACUUGAGCCAGGACACCCGAGUCCUGUCUGCCUCCCAACUUUCACUUCCCCAGGAGGGAACGCCACAAGCUUCCUCUGCAGCUCCCAGCCCUCCACCCUCUACUCGUACCUCCAACUCCUCCAUUGGCCCCUCUCAGCCCCCUCCCCACAGCUUGCCAGGACCCUCAGGGGUGGGGAGACCUACAGGAACCCAGCAGAGGGUUGCUUUUGUCUCCACACCCCCUCCUGGUGGACCUACUGGAAUGGGGGCAGUAGCAUCAGCUGCUGGCUCAGGACCUCCAGACUCUGCAGUUCCCAAGAAAGAUUCAAUUGUCAGCCUUCCAGAGCUAGACUCUGCCAGAGCCCGGCUGUCUUCCAACUUGUGACCCUGGUGGAGCUCAGGAAUGAGGCCUUUUUUUGUAGGAGAAUCUGUUUAGUUAAGGUCAGUCCAGCUGAUCUCUCAGCUUGCAAACUGACCAAUCAGCUACUGCCAGCGCCAUGGGUCAUUUGACCUUGAUGCACUGUGUGCUGGCCUCAGCAGAAAGAAAAGAGCUACUCGACGUCUAG